AUGCCACUGAUACCCGCCUGCUUGUUGGCUUUCAUCGCAUGUGUUAUUAGUUACAACUGUGGACAAGAGAUCAUCACUGAACAAAACUUUGCCUGUGUAUUCAAUGCUAUCAGUGCUGCAGUAAGAACAAGCCGCUUCGAUGGUCUGAAGAAAUCGGGCUGGAAAGCAUCGAAUAUCGAUGAAGCAGCCGUGUUUCUUGCGCAUGUCUUUCACGAAACUGAUGGACUGAAAACUGUGCGAGAAUAUUGCGCACCAGGUUGCGGUACGAACUAUGCUGGAUCGUGGUGCUCAAUUAAGGGCAAACCCAAUAAAUUGUAUUAUGGUCGAGUUCAUCCUUGUAAUCGACCAUUUAUUUAUCGAUUCGAAUUUUGUCUUCGUUAUUUUUGUAUUAUUGACACACCAUGGUUAGCUCUUUGGGAUAGUAUUUUACAUAAUACAAUUCCAGCAUAUAUUAUUGUAAUAUUCAAUAUAGUAUUACUUAUACGUGUACUAUAUCAAAGAUUUAUCAUUCGUCAAAGAAUUGAUUGGAGAAAUUACAAACGAUUAGCAAGUCAAACAUUAUCAAUAUCUGCUCUAUAUCUUUUUUUACAUCUUCCUCCACUAACAUUAUACACUCUUUAUUCAUUUGGCUUAUCAAGAUCUAUAGCAAGUGAUUAUUAUUUUGAUAGUUUAUUUUUUGACAAUGGAAUAAUAUUAUUUACUCCAUUUGUCUGUGUUGGAUCAUUACCUGAUUUACGAACAAAAAUAAAAAAUGCAUUUUAUUUUUGGCGCAACAGAUCUGCUGUUGCACCAGAUCAAAUGAUGAUGAAUCGCAUGCAAAACAUUCAAACGGUGAUUCAUCGAUAG